GUAUUAACAGAAGCAGAAAAAAUCCCCUUUUUUUCGGAGCUCGCAAGCAGCGCUGUUGUGUGAAGCCGAGUGUGCACGGCGAGACGAGCGAACACACAGGCACAGCAGCGCGUCGCAACUUCAGCAACUUCGUUCGUUCGUUCAGCGUUAGUUUCCCUUUUUAUUCCCGAUUGUUUCCUUUCCUGCCAGCUCUCGCAAUUUGCUUUUUGCGGCCAGCCGUGUUCGCCACCGUAAAAAUGGCCAUCCCGAGCUGAGCACCGAGCGCGGCGGUGCUCCACACCCUGGUUGGGCAGCAAUCGAAGGUGCUUUCCCGGUCCACCCCACCCCCUGAUCCUGCCCCAGGGAGGCAGAUCCGCGCGGAGAAGGGCAAAUCCCGGGAAUGGCCGCUGCUACGGGGUUUGUUGGAUUUCAUCUUGCAACCUAUUUUUUGUCUGCUCUUGUGCUCGUAUACGUGUAUGUGUCGGUGGUUGGUGGGCCGAAAAAGGGCCAGAGUCCCACUUUUUUCUCGCAGCAAAGCAGCAGCAGCAGCACCGCCAUCACCACCACCCGCAGGUCAAAGGGAAGAUUCGUCGCACCGUUUGGUAAGCGUAAAGUGAUUGUAUAUGUGUGCGCGUGUGUAGGUGCGUAUGUGUGCACCGUAAACGAAGUGAAAAUGGGUUUGAAGGAAGAGAGGGGGCGGCGAGGAAGCAUGUGUGGGCAAAGGGGGGGGGGGGGGGGAGAUGUGGGUGGGUGGGCAUAACACAAGGGCGGGAAUGUGGGCCGCGUCGGGGGGAGGGGGGGGGGGGUUGGUAGUGAUUUUUUCAUUUUCGUAUGAUUUGUGCCCAUUUCUGUGCGUCUGUGUAUGUGGGUGUGUGUGUGCGCGUGUGUGCAUAGGAAGGCAGAGAAGCAAUCAUUUUAACUUUAAUAAAAAGGUGCGUUUAUUUAAAACAAAAAGUGUUCACAACUAAAGAUGGCACGAAGUGGCAAUUCAGCAGAAAAGAAGAAAAAAAAGAACCACCCACCCUCCUCCAUCACGCGGCGGGUGAAAAGGGUGUGCGUGUGUCCGUGCGCGCAUGUGAACCUGUUCGUGUAUGCGUGUGUGUGUGUGUGUAUGUGCGUUGGUGUGUGACAAACUAAAAUGCCAACAAAAAGUGACGAUUAUUAAAUCGCAUCGCUGUUGGCCACUGUGUAUGUGUGCGUGUGUGUGUGUCGAUAGAGCGAAAAAAAAACUUCCUCUUGUUGGGCGGGGGAUGAAGUAAUUGGGGAGAUAACUCCCCACCUCCCUUUCGCUGCACACACACAACCUGCCACCUCCUCGAUCAAUUCAAUCGCAGCAAUCAAAUUAAAAAAGAAAAAGAAGAAAAAAAAGAAAAACUACGCGUCGUAUGUCACGCAGUGCACUGGGCGGGCGAGGCAGGCGGUGGGUGGUGUUUCUCUAAAACCCCACCCACCUGCACCCUCGCGCAGUCGACCGAAGUCGCCCGAACCCAGCAGAAAAGCGAGCCCAGCAGGGAGAGAAAAUGGCGGUUGGCGGUGCUUCUUCUUUUUUGCUAAUUUUCUUUUUUUUGCAAAUGUACGCAAAAAACCCGGGAAGGAGAGGAGGGGGAGGGAAUGUCACCAAACGAAAAAAAACAACGCCUUUUCAAACGGGGGAAAGUGCAACAUUGCAACAUAACACGCAUUUCUAUCAUCCUUAUCACGCGGCACGAGCGCACACACACACACACACAGACACGCGCGAUACAUAUUUGGCCUACCCGGGUUUUGCCACCCGCCAUUGUUGCCGAUUCCGAUUGUUCUUGCGCUUUUCUUCGCUUCCGAUAACAAGGGGAAAAGCAAAAUUAAAAAAAAAAACUCCUCCAUAUGCGCGACACAGACACACACUCAUCGGGCAGCGAGAAGCAUCAAAUUUUAUGCUCUGGUUCGUCAUCGUCACCACCACAAACAAGCGCCAGUGCACAGAGCACACACACACACACACACACACACACACACACACACACACACACACACACACACGCAUACGGCAGCAAGAAGGAGAGACGAAAAAAAAAAAGUUAAAUAGGGGCGACUCUUUAAGGUGUGUUUAUACAGCGCAAGCCUCGACCAUGUUUCCUUCUUUGCUGCUGGUUCUUCGUUUUAAGUUUUUCCCCCUUGUGUGUGUGUGUUUUUUUUAAAUGGGUAAUAUGAGCUGUAUGUUGUGAUGACAACAUAGACACACACACACACACACAUAGAGUACGGGGUGGUGGGUUGCGUAGGGAAGUGGCCGUUUUUAUGCUAUCGAGUUGGGGGAGGAUGGAAUGGUGGCACACAGGCCGACGGUGCGCGCGGCUGUGACACGAAUGAGGGCGACGAAAAGGGGGAAAUUAACAUAAUCACCCAAAAGAUAAAAUGGGGGAAGACGAAUGGGGAGAUGGCUAUGGCGGCGGCCAUUAAAUUUGUUGCGCGAAAGGAAUUAAACUAUUUCUCUUUAAUUUAUUUAUUCAUUUUCUGUUCUUGUAUUUUUUUUUGUUUUUUUUUUUUCCCUCAACGAUCUAACGUUGAUGUGUUGAUGUGUUUUUGUGACGAAUUUACGCAGCAAAUGACAGUCGGGGUGAUGAUGGUGGGGUGCAAAUUAGUGUUGGGACCGACCUACCCGUUUCCGUGCUCGGCAUCAAUUCCGGAGCCGAUUCCGACUCUGGAAACGAUUCCAAAUCCGAAGCUAAUUCUGGAGUCAACUCCGAUUCCAGAAUCAGAAUCGACUCCGGAAUCUGAAUCGACUCCGGAAUCGCAAUUUGCUCCGGAAUCGUAAUCAGAAUUAACUCCGGAAUCAAAAUCGUUUCUGGAAUUGAAAUCUGAAGUUUUGGAAACGAAAUCAGUCUCGGAAUCUGCUUGAGAAUGGGUCAGCAUAGGACCCAAACACCUAUUCUCAUCGAAAGGCCGAAACCGACUCCGAUUUCGGAACCAAUUCCACUUCCGGAGCUAAUUCCCGAGCCAAUUCCAGAAGCGCUGAUACCGGACCUACUAUCCGGUAUCGAUUCCUGAACACUUCUGAGCUAGCCGGGAGUAAUUCCGAUGAAAACUUCAGUUUUCCCAUUACUAGUGCAAAUGCAAUUAUUUUUAUUCCCCAAUUCCCAUUUCCAUUUCCUGUCCCUUUUCCAUUUCCUCUACAUUGUCUCCUCUCCCCCCCCCGUUCCCGUCCGUUUAUAAUGUUCCAUACCAUCCGUCCGUGCCUGCCAUUAAUCGAAUUACAUAAUUGUGGCCCUAAUGAACUCGCUUCUUCGCUCCCCAUGUAUCAAAUCUUACUUACAGCUUUACCUAUAACUAUACAUAUAUACAUACACAUAUACAAUCUUUUACCACUUUCCAGCUGUGCGAAAAAUGCACCAAAACAUACGAAAGUAUGCUAAGCAAACAAAACAAAACAAAUGGAUUCUCUUGCAAAACAAGCGUUGAUUGCGAUCUGUGUGCGAUAUAAAUAAAAUGUGUACCGCGAAGGCGGCUACACAAUGAAUACCGGAAAAAAACACGCAAAACGUACCUUUGGUGUUAUUUUUUUUUACUAUAUAUUUAUAUUCUACAUUGUCUUAAUUGUUUAAAGUGUUGUAAUGUAUUUUGCACCUGUUAUUUAUAUUUACACACACACACACACCUUUUUUCCCCCUCAAAAUAUUCCCCAGCCGUUAAAUGCAUUUUCUUUUCAAGCGUUGUGAUUAUACUUAACUGUCUAUUUAAAUUUCAAGCUUUUCAACUGUAUUUCAUGAAAAAAAUCAUACUUGUUUUAUCAACCUGUGUACCCAAUGUAUCAACUUUGCACUGCGUCGUGACAUGUCGUGCUUCUGCCACACAUUGAUAAUUUACCACAAUUUCUCUAGCGCUGCCACCCCAGCUGCCACGUUCAAAUAAAUGCUCUCCAUGAUGAUAAUAUCACCACACAAACGAGUGCAUAUAAAUACGCGUGUGCGCAAAAUACAUCUCUCAAUACUUAAACAAAGCCAUGAUUUCAUCAAGCAAAAACGCAUCGCGAAUGGAUUCUCUUGAACAAACACGUUGGUCAAAAACUGCGAACAAGUGUCAAACCAUGCUAACCCGAAACAUUACUCCCACACGGCUGGUGCGUGUGUGUGUGUGCGCGCAUUUUUCCUAUCCUGCCACGCACAUGCCGCCCGGUUUCGUUUUUUUUUCUCUUUUCUCUCUCUUCCCCAAAACCACAGGAUAAUCCUAUUUAAUGAAACGAACAACUUAGUUAUAAUGAAAUUACGCGAAAAAUUACACUUUAAGAUUUAAACUUUAGAAAAAGUUUUACAAAAUUAUAAACCUCGCAUUAUUUAUAACUUACAUUUAACUAUAAUUAUAUCUUAAUCAUAUAUAUAUACAUAUUGAGCUAAAUAUAUAUGUAUACAUAUACUAUUAAUUAAAAAUUACCGGAUCGCGCAAAGAAACCGGUAGAACUUAUACACAAAAGAAGUGGAAGAAGAAGAACGGAAAAAGGCUCCAUCUUUUACAAUAAAACCACGCAACAAACCGCAAACAAACAAAACAGAACGAACGAACGCAAGACACAAAACUCCAAACACACAAAAUAAACACACAAGCACACACACCCAAACACCACAAAAUUACACAAAGAUGACUACUCGCAAACAGACAAAAUUCUCCACCAAAAUUCAGUUCUACCUGAAGCACAGAGAGUCGCGGAUACUGAAGCUAUGCAACGACACGAUCGGCCCGGUGCCAAACGAUUCCCUCAGCAAAGCGAUCUUCAGACUGUUGUCCAAACCGGUAGACAAUAAAGGCAUUAUACAACUUUUUGUCGACAAGGGCCAGCAAACUGCUCAAUCGACUGUCACGAGCAGCAGCAGCAACAGCAGCAGCAACAGCAGCAGCAGCAGCAACAACAGCAACAACACUGUGAAGACCGUUCUGCCAGAGUAUCAGAAGGAGGUGGAGCGCUUCCACGGGCGCAUCAUCUGCAACGACAACACCUGCAUCAUCGACCCGGUCGCCUCUCCGAAGAACGACAGCAAUUCGGGCAAUCCUCGCACCCACUCGUUCCGAAUUGUCUCGUUCAGCAAGGAGAGCGGCGUCACCGCCGGCGGCGACACGUUCGCGCCCGCCGCCGACGAGGACGACGCGCCGGCAGUGGUCGGUGGUGCCGGUGCGGCGCAGGAGCAGGAGCAGGCACAGAACCUCAUCACCCGGUCGCCGCCGGCCGCACGGUCCCCGUCGGCCGGUCCGGCUGCUGCCGCCAGCGUGGUACCGCUGGCGGGCUCGACCAGCAGCCACAAGGCGAUCCUGAUGUGCUUCAGCUGCAAGCUCAGCUUCGGCACCUGCCGGUCCUUUAUAGCGCAUGCCAAAAUCGAGCACAGUCUCACACUGAACGACUACGAGCGGAUGCUGCUGGAGAAGAACUACAGCAGUGCCAUCAUACAGACGAACGCGGAGAAGCAGUUCUUUUUCCUGGUUCCUUUCGAAGAGAAAUCUUCAGCCAACAGUAACAGUAGGAAGCAUGUGGAGGGCGACGAGAGAUACAAGACCAAUAGUAGUAGUAAUAAUGGUAGCAACAACAGCAGCAGCAACAGCAGCAGCAGUAGCAGCAGCAACAGCAGCAGUAGUAGCGGCGGUAGCAACAACAACAACAACAACAACAACAACAGCAUCAGCAACAGUGCGGCCAGCGCACUGAUCGGACCCGGAGGCGGUACGGCCGUCGGUGGCGGCCCCCUCCUGGGUGGCAACAUCAAUGGCAAUCACAGCAGCAGCACUAACAACAACGGCAGCAAUGGCAACAGCAACAAUCUCAUGAACAGUACCGCCAACAACGGCAUCCUGGGGCUACUCUCGCAUCAACAGCAGCUCCAAGCACACCAACAGCAGCAGCAGCAACAACAACACCAGCAGCAGCAACUCCAGCUACAGCAGCACCACCUGCAGCAGUCGGCGAUGGGUCUGCCGGCGGAUGUGUUCGCGCCCGGCAGCCUCGGGUUCGACGCCGGCGGCAGCUUCCCGAAGCUGGUCGCCAACAAUGCGCUGCUGUACGAGAUGGACAGCAAGCUGCAGCAGAGCUGGAAGCUGGCGGCGGAAAAGUACAGCAACGCGAUGAACGAGAGCGCGGCGAUUGCAGCGGCUGCAGCGGCUGCUGCCGCUGCCGCGGCCGCUGCCGCCGGCAGCGAAGGCGAGAAGAAGGGUGGCGUGGCCAGUGCGGCUGCGGCCGCCGUCAGUGGGAAACUGCUGACCGACUUCCUGAACCAGCAGAAGAUGCUUUCGUCCGUGGGGGAGAACCUGUACGGCAAGCAGAACAAGUUCCUCGAGCUGAUCAGCUCGGCGGCUGACAUGAAGCUGAAUCCGCUGGCGGCGGCUGCGGUGGCGGCCGUAGCCUCCAACAAGGGCGCGCCCGGACCGGCGGAGCUCGGGGCAGGAGGCGGCGUCGGUGGUGUUGGAGGUGGUGCCGGUGGUGGUGGUGGUGGUGGUGCCGGUGGUGACUUCCAUCUGAAGAAGUACAGCCCGGUCGAUCUGUACAAGCAGCUGAUCGCGAACAACUUCCGCCCGGAGGCGAUGGACGUCGGGGAGGAGCUGAAGAGCGAACAUCAGAUCAGCGUGAAGAAGCUGGAACCGGAACCGUCGACGGCGUUCCGGAACAGCAACUUCAGCCCGAACAUCUCGACGCGCAACUCGUGCAAGACGCUCAAGUGUCCGCAGUGCAACUGGCACUACAAGUACCAGGAAACGCUCGAGAUACACAUGCGCGAGAAGCACCCGGACGGCGAGACGGCCUGCAGCUACUGUCUGGCCGGGCAGGCCCAUCCGCGGCUGGCGCGCGGUGAAUCGUACACCUGCGGGUACAAACCGUACCGCUGUGACAUCUGCAACUACUCCACCACGACCAAGGGCAACCUGUCGAUCCACAUGCAGAGCGACAAGCAUCUGAACAACAUGCAGGACCUGAACGGCAUGAUGAACAAGAGCAACCAGAGCUUCCUGAACCUCGCGACGCUGCAGGCGAACGAGAAGGUGGUGAACAGCUCGCGCAACCAGUACAUGGCGGCGGCGGCAGUAGCGGCGGCCAGUUCACCGCUCUCUUCACUGUCGGGCAAGCUCGGCGGAGGCGGUGGUGGUGGUGGUGGUGGCGUUGGAGGUGUUAGUGGUGGCAGUGGAGGUGUUGGUGGCGGCCCAGGCAGUGCCCAAUCGAAGGAGAGCGGCCCGGUCGGGUACGAGACGGGUGGGCGACCAAAGUCCUUCUUCAAGUGCGACAUCUGCAACUACGACACGAACAUCGCGCGCAAUCUGCGCAUCCACAUGACGAGCGAAAAACAUAUCAGCAAUCUGAACUCGUUCCAGUCCAGCUUUAACCAGUUGAAGAGCCUGCAGAGCCUGCAGCAGCAGCACCAGCAGGCCCAGCAGCACCAGCAGUCGGACAGUCUCGACUACCUGAGCGCGAUCAAUCUGAACACGCUAAAGGAGGACUCGCCGAUGGCGCGCGUGGACGAGUACACGGCGGCGGCGGCUGCAGCGGCCGCAGUGGCGGCUGCCACCUCCGCUAGCAACACUGGCAACAGCAACAGCAACAACAACAACAACAACAACAAUGGAGGUGGUAGCAGCGGUACCAGCUCGGGCAGCCUGAAGCCGCUGUCGAUGCCGUCGUCUCCGUUCGGCGCACCGCACGAGACGGCGACGCCCGAUUCGCUCUUCCUGAACCAACCCUCGCCGUUCAGUGGGGCAAGCGAACCGGGCACAGACCGGGACUACCACCAGCACCACCAUCAUCACCAUCAGCACCAGCUGGACGAGGACAAGAACCCGCUGCACUUCGAUCCGCCGGUCCGGCUGUCGCUCGAUCCCGCCACCUACUACAGCUGUCUGGUGUGUGCCGACUUCGAGACGAACAGCCUGGAGGAGCUGAAAAAGCACGUGCUGAAGGACCGGAGCAGCAGUGCGAUGGACACGAUCCUAAUCGCUGGCCAGGAGUGUCUGCUGUGCGGGCAGAAGGCCCACGACCGGGUGGAGAUGGAGCGGCACCUGAAGGCGGACCACCAUCUGCGCCGGCUCGAGCUGAUGAUCCAUCUGCUGGAGGGGCGGGACAAGGCGGCCACCAAGCUGCGCCAGUUCGUUGGCCAGGAGCUGUACAAGAAGCUGCAGCUGAUCUUCCCAUUGGCGGAGGAACCGAAAUUUGCGUACGAUGAGAUGCCAAGCGUCAGCGAAAUUUCGCGCUCUCCGCUAAUGCUGCUGCUCGAGCCAAAAACCGAGCUGAUCGAGCGGGACUACGGGACCGGCGCGAACGGUAUCGAUGAAUCAUCUUCACCGUCGUGCCCGGACAACGUGCAGCUCAAGUGUAACUGCUGCAACUUCUACACCACCUCGCUGGAGAAGAUCGGCAUCCACAGCCUGUCGGAGAAGCACAUCUUCCGGCGGAUCUGUUUCGACUAUCUGCUGCUCAUCUCUAGCGAAAAGUCCAGCCUGGCGACGACCGUAAAGAGUGAAGAUGGAACAAAGCAGCAGUCCUCGCCGAAAGCUAGCCAGCUGAUGCUGACCUGCGUGCCGUGCUGCUUCAAGACCGACCACAUCUACUACAUGAUACACCAUCUGAAGAAGAGCUGCAAGGUGGAGCAGAACAUCAACCUGCUCGGGUUGCGAAACAUCUUCAAGCUGACGGCCAAAGGCUUGGACGCCCAAGAUGCAAUGGAUACGGGCGACAACGGGCUGUGCAGCAUACUGCAGGAGAAGAAGAUGUGGAACGGCGAGAACGCUAGCAACCGCCAGACGGCCGGCGGCUGCAAGGACCGCUGCCUCGUGUGCAGCGUGUGCAACAAGUUCUCCUCGAAGAAGGUGAACGUGAUGCAGCACCUGCUGGCGAACCACAACGCCGGCAACGAGCUGCUGGGCGGGGCCGAGCUCUCCCCGGCCGUGCCGUCGCUGUCGCGCAAACCGUUCGACUAUCUGCGCACGCUGGCGGAGGCCCGCUGCGCCCAAAAUCUGCGGCUCAUCGAGAAGGUCACCUUCAUGAGCGACUCGUUCGCGCUGAAGGAAAACUGCAACGACCUGAAGCACGGCAACCUGGCGGAGAUGCUGGAGCAGUACGCGGCCCGGCAGGAUGCGGGCGACGGCUUUGCUGCCGCCCGUUCGCCGCCGCUCGAGAAGCAGCAGCAGCAGCAGCAGCAACACUCGCCGACCCUGUCCUGUCCGCUGUGUGCGGAGGCGUUCCUCGACCAAGCGACGGUCGAGACGCACGUGCUGCGCGUCCACAACAUCAAGAUGGACGGGCUGAACCGGCUGCUGAAGCUGGUCGAUACCUCGCAAUUUUUGAAAACGACCAACGGCAAACAGCAGCCGCCGCCGCCCGGCAGCAACAGCAGCAGCCCAGUGGACAAGCCAGGGUCGCCCCAUUCGCCGCAGCAGGGCGGCAAGGAGGGUUCGGUGUCGCCCGGGGGUGGCACACCGAGCAUCCGCUGCUCCUACUGCAAGGCACCGUUCGACACGAUGGUCGACCUGAAGAUACACUGCAACGAGAGCAGCCACUUCCGGCGCAGCGCCGACUCGGACGAUCUCGCCUGCUUCCUGCACGACUGCAAGGACGCGUUCGACAACCUGGCCGACCUGAACCAGCACUUCAAGGCGAGCCAUCUGAACUUCCUCAUCUCGGAGCACCACACGUACCGGUACCGGUGCAAGCAGUGCCCGUUCGCGUUCAAGACGCACGAGAAGCUGAGCCGGCACCUGUUCUACCACUCGCUGCGGGAGUCGACCAAGUGCUUCUACUGCGACCACCACUUCAAGAACAUCCACUCGCUGACGGCGCACAUCGCGGAGAAGCACCCGCAGGAGGCGCUGCAGUCGGGCAAACCGUCGCCGCCGGGCAUCGCCUCGCCCGACGCGUCCAUCCUGUUCUUCAAGGAUCUCAAGCGCAAGAUGCUCAACAGCCAGCAGCAGCAGCAGCGGAACGGGUUGAGUCCGCGGUCGGAUCGGUCGGGUGGGCGGGAUGCGCGGGACAGCGUGGAUGAGGAUCGGCUGAGCGAGAAGUCGGUGAGCUCGAAGAGCAGCAGCUUCUACUACGACAAGAGCCUGGACGGAAGCGGCACGUCGGAGGGUCGCUACACCUGCACCGACUGUCAGUUCAGCUUUACGGAUUCUGGGGCACUGGAGCGUCAUCUUGCGACGGCCUGUCAUAUGCCGCGCGACGACAAAGCGUCACCGGACUCGCUCGCUGCCUCGCUGAUGUCUUCCCUCGCCAAGCAUCAUCAGCAGCAGCAACAGCAGCAACAGCAGCAGCAACAGCAGCAACACCAGCAGCAGCAACAGUCCCAACACCAGCAGCAGCAGCAGCAGCAGCUGUCGACGUCCUCCUCCUCCUCCUCCUCCUCCGCCCAGAUGAGCUCGCUGUUCUACGACAUCAAGUCGGAGAAGUUCACCAACCCGAACCGGCCGUUCAAGUGCACGAUCUGCAUGGAAAGCUUCACGCAGAAGAACAUCCUGCUGGUGCACUACAACAGCGUCUCCCACCUGAACAAGCUGAAGAAGCUGAAGGCGGAGAAGGGCUUCGCGCAGAUGUUUACCGGCUCGCUGCUCAGUGCGGACAUUGGCGCGGGAGAGAGCUGUCCCGAUCGGGGCAAGAACUCGCCCUCCCCGACCGUGCCGUUCGGCGAGAAGGCGGCCACACCCUUCACGAUGCCCGCCUUCGCCGAGGGAUGCGGCGAAAAGCGCAAGGAGGUGGGCGACGAGAAGGAGUCGGCGCGCAAGAAGUUCAAGUGCGACAUCUGCAACGUGGCGUACACGCAGGGCAGCACGCUGGACAUCCACAUGCGCAGCGUGCUGCACCAGACGCGGGCCUGCCGUAUGCAGGAGCGGAGUCUCUUCGCCGUGCAGCCGGCAGGGACGCCGCAGCAGCAGCAACCUUCGCCCCAGGGCGGCGACAGCAAGAAGAAGAGCGAGUUCCCACUGAUCCAUCCCAUCCCGGAAAGCCACGACCAGUCGCCGAACAUGCUGGACGAAGUUUCGUCGUUGCGCAAGCUCAAGUCUCCUUCGGAGCAGAUACAGCAGCAGCAGCAGCAACAGCAGCAACAGCAGCAGCAGCAGCAACUGCACCAGCAGCAGGCACUCGGCCCACUGUUCUGCGGGGUGCCCGUCGGUGGCCCCGACAAGCCGGAAAUUUGCGUGUGCGAAUGCUGCUACCAGGUGUUCCCGGGUAAGCUGAUGCUCGAGACGCACCUCGAGCUGAGCCCGGAGUGUCUGGCGCACCGCAAGAAGCUGCUCGAGGCAGCCGCCGGUCUGCCGAGCGAUCCGGCCGGCCCGCUGGGCUUCCCGGGCGACGGUGUAGGCUUCCCGCACCACCACCAGGCGCUGAGCGAGCUGGCCAAGGUCAACCAGGGCGGCGGUGGGUUCGAUCUGGGAGCGCCGGGCGACGCAGCCGCCCUGCUGGGCGCCAAGGGGCUCGUGCCGGCGAUGGAUCCAGCCGCUACGGCCGCGGCAGCAGCAGCCGCCGCCAACCUGAUGGAUCCGAGCUUCCUCAAGAACGCAUCGCUGCUCCAGUUUGCCGCCUCCGAUCCAGCCAACAAGCUCAAUCCGAACGCACUGAACGUGCUGAACUUUAUGCACUUCCACCAUCUGAUGUCGCUGAGCUAUCUGAAUCUGGCGCCGCAGCUAAGCUUCGGCGGCGUGCCGCCGAAGGUCGACCCGACCAAGCCGGACGGUUCGCCCGGCGGUGGCGGUGAUCCCGUGGGCGGCAAGGGUGGCAAGACACCGUCGGGCGGCUCCGUCGUACUGCCGCCGGUCAGCUUGAACGGCAAGCCGCUCGAUCUGAACCUGCUGCCGCACGGGCUGGACCCGAAGCUGGCCGCCCAGUCGCCGCAGCAGCUCGCCCAGGUACAGUCCACGCUGGGGCAGCAGCAGCAGCAGCAGCAGCAGCAGCAACCGUGCACGCAGAAGCGGGCCCGCACCCGCAUCACGGACGAGCAGCUGCGCAUCCUGCGCUCCCACUUCGACAUCAACAACUCGCCGAGCGAGGAAAGCAUCCAGGAGAUGUCGCUGAAGGCGAACCUGCCGCAGAAGGUGGUGAAGCACUGGUUCCGCAACACGCUGUUCAAGGAGCGGCAGCGCAACAAGGACAGCCCGUACAACUUCAGCAUCCCACCGUCGACGAAGCUGAACGUGGAGGAGUACGAGCGGACGGGCGAGGCGAAGGUGACCGACCUGGAGACGGCAUCGUUCAAGGCGUCCGAUGUGGGCGGGUCGCUGUCGCAGGACAACUCCUGCUCGCAGGGCUCGACCGACAUGAGCAAAGCGUUGAACGAGGCGAUGAAGCAGAACCUGUCCAAGUCGCUGCUCGAGUCGCUCAGCAAGCACCAGUCGGCGACGGGGCAGGAUUUGGUCGGGGCAGCCGCUGCCUUCCACCUGAACAAGAGCCUCUUUCCGGACAGCUUCGGUGCAGGUGUUGUGGGUGGCGGCGUCGGCGUAGGAGGUGGUGGUGGCGGUGGUGGUGGUGUCGUCGGUGGGCCGGACUUUUCCGGCCCCGACACGGUGGGCGUAGUGUCGGACUACUUCCAGCGGGCGGCCGCCGACGCCCUGGCUGGGGGCCCCCUCGGGAGUCCUCUGUCGAUGGGGGGCGGUAACGGUGGCUCGUUGACGGCUGGAAAUGGUGGCAGCGGUGGUGGCGGCGGCGGCGGCGGCGGCGCAGGUGGCGGUGGCGGUGGCGGAGGCAGCGUCGGUGGCAAGAAGAAGAAGAUCAAGUCGGAAUCGUCCAACGACAGCCCGACGCCGGCCGACCUGCAGCUCGACUCGUCCAACUCUAGCCCGAUGCCGAUGCGGCCGCCGAGCGCGAUCUCGCUCAAGAAGCACAUGGCCACGCCGCCGUCGCUCGUCGGCGUCGGGGACGAGAUGAAGAUACCGAGCCCGAUCGAGAGCCCGGUCAUCUCGCCGCCCGGCUCGAUGGGGCUGCACGCGCUGCCCCCGCAGACGCAGCCGAUCACCUGCUCGAACGGCAAGCGGGCCAACCGGACGCGCUUCACCGACUACCAGAUCAAGGUGCUGCAGGAGUUCUUCGAGAACAACUCCUACCCGAAGGACAGCGACCUGGAGUACUUGAGCAAGCUGCUGAUGCUGUCGCCCCGCGUCAUCGUCGUCUGGUUCCAGAACGCUCGCCAGAAGCAGCGCAAAAUCUACGAAAACCAGCCGAACCCGACGUUCGAGUCGGACGAGAAGAAGGCGAUCAACAUCAACUACACGUGCAAGAAGUGCAACCUGGUGUUCCAGCGGUACUACGAGCUGAUCCGGCACCAGAAGAACCACUGCUUCAAGGAGGAGAGCAACAAGCGGUCGGCCAAGGCGCAGCUGGCCGCCGCCCAGAUCGCCCACUCCUUCACCAGCGGCAGCGAGGACUCGGACUCGAGCCUGGACGUCAGCCGGCGCGAGUUUCAGCCGCGCGAGAACGACUGCCCUUUCUAGGAGCCGUGGGGCGGCUGGCGGGCCCCGGCCAGCAUGCAGCACUAAGGGGCAGCAUGCCGCGCGCCGUGGCGUCCCUUAAGCCUCCCCCUUUUACUUACCCCGCCUCCCUCCCCCCCCACAAGCUGUGCGCCUUCAUUCCGCUCUGUUUGUGAACCCUUGCCGAGGGUAAUAUUGCUUCCAGUGUCCUCCCCAUUCCCCCUCAAAAGCUCCUAAAAGUAUUCUUUUCUUGCCCCAACAUGCUUCCCCUCUCUCUUUAUGUUCCUCUCUGUCUCACUGUAUCCUCGUUGAAGAAACAGAAAAAAAAAACACCUCGCACCUCUCGCGGCGUGGCCGGCGGCUAGUCUUUAUUUUAUUUUAUUGCUUACUUUUGCAAACCUUUUCCAGUUUUAUGUUUACUUUAUUUUUUAUCUAUGCUCUUCGUUGCUUUAGGUUCCUUUUUUUUUGCUCUUUUUUCUCUGCUUUUUUGCCGCACCGCCGUCGAGAUCGUUUUUUUGUUUUUCGUUAACUUAUAUCGUUAGGAUUUUAGCUUCAUUUUCAUUCCUUUUUUUUGUUAUUUCUGUCGAGCUUUUCUAAAAAAAAAAACAAAACAAAACGAAAAAUCAAACUCGUCGCCACACCUAGCAAGGAUUAGACUUAAUGUGCCGUCAUUUUCUUUUUUUUUGUGAGCCAAGCCAAUUGGAAAACAAACAAAACGGCUCCAUAUUCCCUCUCGGCCCGGGCCCCACCCCCACUUCCUGCCCCGUUGCCCACCAAAACCGGUCGGAGCAGAAGCUGGGCCUGGGCAAAUGCGGGGGACGGGAACAACUCGCCAUUGAAGCAUCGCGCGUUUCAAUAAUUGUAAUCGAUUGAUGUGUUAACUUGCUCCUCGCCUUGAUUUGCUAGUGAAUGAAAAGUCGUUAUUUUUGUUUUAUGUGUUUUUUUUUGUGUAAACGAAGCAGAGAAGAAAACAAACAAAUCAUAUAAUUUAUAGGUGAUCGUUCUUGCAUCGUUCAUUUUUGUACUAGAUUUUUUUUGUUUCUUCCUAUUAUUAUUCUUGUGUGUAGUGGACGUGUGUGAGUGAAGGGUUUUCUUUCUCUCCGUUUUCUUCCCGUUCCAUCGCCGAACGCGAAGAGAAAAGAGAAGAAGAAAACGACGACGACGAAGAAGAAGAAGAAGAAGGAGAAGGAGAAAACACUUGAGUUGUAAAACUUAGAACGAGACAAUGAGUCGAAAAUCCCCGCAUCAAAUGUAAUGUGAAAGUUCCUAAAACAAAAGAUCGCAAAUAUUAAGAAUUUAGUUAGAAGAAGAAGAAAAAAAAGAGGAAACUAAGAAACAAA